AGCCGUGGCGUAGCGUUGCGAGAGUGGGGGCGCGUGGCCCGGAGCCCCCUCCCCCGCAGGGGACCAUGCCCUUGGGCGCACCAUGGCGUCGGCCAGCGACGACCCGAUCGCGUUCUGGCUGAAGCUGGGCGCGCUCGACAAGCUGGAGCAGGCGCUGCUCGACGGCUACGGGGACCAGCUGCGAGGGCGCUCCUCGCGCAUCCCGCAGGUGGCCCGCUUCCUCAAGCAGGUGCCCGCCGUGCAGGCGCAGAUGGAGGAGAUGCACGAGGGCGCCAUGCAGGGCCGCCUGGAGGAGGUGCGCAACCUGGCCGAGGAGCGCCGGCAGCUGGCCUACUGCCGCGACCAGCAGGGCGCCAGCCCGCUGCACAAGGCCGUGCUCUUCCAGCAGCGCGCCCUGGUCGCCUACUUCGUGCAGCACUUCCCCGCGGUCAUGCACACGAGGGACCACCAAGGCAGGACGCCGUUGCACUACGCUGCCGUGCUGCAGGACAACGGCGAGAUCUACCGGAUGCUAAAGACGGCGGGGUCCGACGAGAACGCCACCGAUGUUUACGGCCACACCCCGGACUUCUACCUCGACGCACCCGGCGAGCUGACACUAGAGCAACUCAAAGAAGGCACCUCGUCGAGCCGCUCCAAGAAGGCCAAACAUCGCAGGAGAAAGUCCGGCGAAAACAGCACUGCCAGCAUUCGUGGCUACUCCGCAAAGCCAGCGGGCCUGAAGGUACAGAUCCGCGAAAUCAUCGGCCAGGGAAACCUCGAGGCCCUUGAAGAGCUUGUUCUUCACGGCCACGGCGACCGGCUGUUGGGCGAGACCAGCCCGAACCCCGUCGUGCAGGAGUUCCUGGACAUCGUGCCCGGAUAUAUCGAGCAGAUCAGCGACGUGCACCGCGCCGUGAUUCGGGGCCGGCUGCGCGAGGUGCAGACGCUGAUGAGCCACCGGUCGCUCUCGCUGGCGCGGGACUCGAUGGGCGCCACGCCCAUCCACAAGGCCGUCAUGCACGGCCACGUGGACGUCGCCCAGCAUCUGGCCGACAACUUCCGCGACUCGCUCAGUGCCAAGGACGUCGAGGGACGAACACCUCUUCACUACGCGGCCGCACUCAGAGACGGUCGCAAGAUGUACAACAUGCUCAUCGCAGCCGGUUCCCCGACGACAAUCGUAGAUAGCAAAGGCAAGACAGCCGACUACUACCUGCAGUAUCCUGAGAAGCUAGGACUGGAACAAAUCAUCAAACGGAAUCAGCUGGCCAACGCAACACACCUCGGCAAUACUGUCAGCAGGCUCAAAGCCCUCGCACCCCCUUGUAUCCAGAAAACCAUUGUGAACAUGCACGAGAGGUACCACCAUUCUAAUGGCGGUUUGAACGGCAACCAUGAAGCGCAUCUGAACGGUGAUGAAGAGUCGGAAGGCUCCCAAGACACGGUCGAGGACAAAGCUGCUGCCAAUCUAGCCAGCCAGCAAGAAUCGCUAAAGAAAGUCAUGAUGCGGACGAAGCCCAUGUUACCUCCUGUGAUAUUGCCGCGCCUGGAAGUGAACUCCGCCAACAUCCGCAAAUGGAUCGACGAGCAGGAUAUUCAGAAGCUCGAAGGCGCCGUGUUCGAAGGCUACGGUGAGAGACUCGCCAAAGAACCCUCGGUCCGGCACGAGCAGGUGGAGCAGUACCUGAGGAAGGACGUUCCGCGGCUGCUGGAGCGCAUCCAGGCCAUCCACCGCGCGGUAUCCGACGACGACGUGCGCGCCCUGGAGAGCCAGCUGCAGAGCCCCGACUACGCGUUGGCCAGGGACCACCUAGGCAUGACGCCGCUGCACCGCGCCGUCGUCCUCGGAAGGCACGAUGUGGCGCGGCUACUCGUCGACCGCUUUCCCGAGACCAUCAACGCCAGGGACCGGGAAGGACGCACGGCUCUGCAUUACGCGGCGGCCGCUUCCCGAAGAAGCGGUCGCGCGGACAUGUACCGACUACUGUUGCAGAACGGCUCAGACCCAAGGAUCAGGGACAACAGGGGCAAGUCGUCAGAAUACUACAAGACACACCACCUACAACUGGCUCCUGAGGUCGCCCAGAUGAGCAGCAGUGCGAGAGACAAAGCCAGGAGUCGCUCGGAACCUCCGGGGUCAAGGCCACGGAGAAACUCUCACGCGUCCACGGCACUGCACGAGAAGCUGACGGCGGCGCUGCAGAAGGGCGAUCCCGCUGAGGUCCGCGAGCUCGUGCUGGAAGGCCACGGCAGGCAUCUUCUGGGCCGCACGAGCUGGAACGAGGAGGUCCGCCACCUGCUCAAGAGCUUGCCCCAGUUCCUGCACCAAGUGAGCGCGACCCACGAGGCCAUCGGCAGUGGCGACCUGGCAAAGCUCAAGGAACUGGCUGCCUCGGAUCCGCAACUUCUGCGGGCGCGCAGUGACCUAGGCUGCCACCCGAUGCACGCCGCAAUCGAGGCCCGAAACCUGGAGGCGGCGAGGCUCAUACUGGAUGCCUUCCCGGCCGCCAUAAAGCUCAAGGCACCGCAUGGCCGGAACCCAUUGCAUUUAGCGGCACUUCGAAGGGAUCACGAAAUGUACAAGUUCCUCGUGGAUAGUGGAGCCGACCCCAAGGCACUGGACCAGAAAGGGAAGACUGCGGAGUACUACCUAAAGAACAGCCGAAAACGGCGGUCAAGAUCCACGGCGUCCACGCACGACACGUCGCGAGAGCGCUCGUCCUCAGUUCAGGACACGAAGGCGGCCGCCGUCGAAACAGCCGCGCAUAGCACCGAGCUCGAGACCAUAACGGUGCCCGCCGACAAAGGCGCGCUCGGAGCAGCCGGCGACGCUGCCGACGGCGUAAGCGCCGAACGGGCCGGCGCCACGAACGAAGAGGCAACUGAGCCCGGCGGUAACGAAUCUGGCCAGAGUGGCUCGAGCGACGGAGGAGAUCGAUUGAAUGAGCUCAUCGACGUUUGGAUCAAGGAAGGCGAUUUGCUGCGCCUGGAGCACGUGGUCAUCGCGGGCCAGGGGGAGCGGCUACUCAACAAGACGUCCGAAGAUAAGCAAGUCCAAGAGUUCCUGGGACUCGUUCCCGCCUACAUGGAUCGCAUCCGGACGGUGCACGAGGCGGUGGUGAGCGGCAACAUGGCGCAGGUUCGCCAGGUGCUGACUCGCAAACGCUUCGCGCUCAGCCGCGACCGCCUAGGCGCCAGCCCCCUGCACCUCGCCGUCCUGCACGGACACACGGACGUGCUCAAUUACAUCGUCGAGCGCUUUCCCGAGACGCUAGACGGACCGGACAACGAAGGGCGAACACCGCUGCAUUACGCAGCCGUCGUGCUCGAGGCCCAAAAUUACUUCGACAUUCUCAAAAAGGCUGGCGCUGACGAGGCCAUCAAGGACAAGAUGGGGCACACGCCGGAAUACUACCUGAAGAAUCCGAAGGAGCUGAGCAUUAGAGACCUGCUCGCCAACUACCACACGCCAACGGACGACGACAAGUCGGCCAAGGCGGACGUGUGGCAGAGGCCGUCCACGCCCGCCGCAGCCGCGGAUGCGCCCGAAGCGUUGGCUGCCGUUCCGGAAGCGCCUUCGGCGCCAGUAGCUCCCGCGGCUAACGGAGGAGUGGCUCAGCCGGUCGUCCUGCCCGACGGAAAACCGCAACAGCAAGAAGCAGCGCCCGAGGUUACAGCGUCAGAGGCGUCGAAAACGGCAAACUCAGCACCACCGGCGGAAGUCGUGACGAACGCCGCGCCGGAGGCGCCGCCAGCGCCAGAACAGGUGGCUGCCCCACCGGUGCCAACCGAGAAAGGUGUGCGACAGCCUGUCGACGAACCCUUGCAGACGGCGGUCCAACUGCCACUGGGCGAGCAUGCUGCGAGUCGCGCGACGGCUGCAAUGGGCCAGCCAGCGUCGGCCACGCUGCCGGCCGGCAAGAAUGGGCAGAAUGGCGGCGCCGACAUGGUGCAGUUGGCACAAUCCUUGUUGCUGACGGGAAGAACGCCGGAGGAGGCCCAGUACCUGAGUUCCAGCGUCGGCGACGCGCUGGUUGGGGCUCUCGCGGCCGUCGCCAAGCAGAGGCCUCCAGACCCCGUGGCCUUCGUCGCCUCUUGGCUAAAGCAGAAUCAAAUGGUCCAGGACCGGCCGACCACCAGAGCUCCGAACGCCACUAUGCCAGCGGUGAACUCGAAAAACCGAGACAACGAGGUAGCGUCCAGAGCAAACACUAUUUCGUCUUCGGCGACAAGCGACGACAGCCUGAGGAGAGCGGGCUUCACAAACCCAUUUUCCGAGGAGGCUGCCAUCGAGGAGACGGAGCACUACAUGGACGACUACACCCGGCUCAAGGACGAAGAGGGUCAGACGGUGCUGCACUUCGCCGCCUCGCACGCGCACAGCGAGGGUUGCUUCUACGCGCUGGUGCGCCAGGGCCAGGCGCUACUCGCUGAGAGGGACUCCCGUUACCGGACAGCGAGGGACGUGGCUCGUGAGGCCCAGCAGACGGACAACGUGUUCGCGCUCGACGCGUUCGUCCUCGACGCCUUCCUGGAGCGCCGAGCGGGGCUGCUGCGCGCGCUGGCGCAUCGAGGAUACGAGCCACUGCUGCAUGCCGCCGACCGCCAUGGGCGACACCUGACGGCCGUGCUGGCUCAGUUCCAGAUGGCCGAUAUGCAGGCGCUCGUGCACGACAUGGACGCAUUCUUCAAAACUCGCGAGGAGCUCCAUGCGUUUGUGCGCAACGGAUACCUGGAGGGUGUGCAACAACUGGUGAAGCGUGACGUCAGCUUGGUGACUGCCAAGGGCACCAGAGGACGCUGCGCACUGCACGUUGCCGUGCUCGUUGAGAACCCGGACGUGGUGCGACACCUGGUCAAAUCAUGUCCAGAUGCACUUCACGUCGCCGACAACAUGGGAAGGACGCCACUGCACUACGCCAUGGCGAUGCCCCACGUGACCACCCUUGGCCAGAUCCUGGUACAGGGAGGGGCCUCGCGCACUGCCAGGGACGUCAAAAUGCGGACACCCAGCUACUUCUUCAUAUACAAGCAAGAAAUACUGAAGCUCAAAGAAGAGGAAUCUCCGGACUAGGCACUUCAUUUCUAAAUAAAA